UGGAUUCUGAUCCUACCCUCUCCGCCUGCCAAAAUCCAGCAACACCAAUACAAACUAACCUUAAUUAUUUAUUACCCAUAAUACAAUUUAAUAAUAUUUAUUUAUAUUAUAUAUAAAGCUUUGUUUCCUCCCAAGUCUAAGUCAUGCCACUGGUUUUUUGAGUUUGUCUUUUUUCAUUCCAUUCUUAGUUUUCUGCGUCCAUAUUUGUUUUCGUUCAGGUCCUCUCUCUGGGCAAAGGAAGAGAGAGAAAGUAAGGGGAGAGAGAGAGAGAGGGGAAGGAAUGGAGAGUAUAGCAGUAUGGCAAACGGGGACUCUUUGUGGACUCGUUUCAUGGAUUGCCAUAGCUUCGUACCUCAAUGUUACCCAAAAGCUUAGAUCUUUGAUUCAACCAUGGGUGACUCACCAUGUCCUCGCAGGAACACCUCUCAUUAUCCAGAUCCAGAAUUACCAACAUGGGUUAUUGGAUGCUCUCUUCUCUGGGUUGUCUUGUGUUGUUUCUGUACCUUUCUACACUGCCUUUCUUCCUUUGCUCUUCUGGACCGGGCAUGGAAAAUUGGCACGGCAGAUGACUCUUUUGAUGGCGUUUUGUGAUUAUUUAGGAAACUGUAUUAAGGAUGUUGUAUCAGCUCCUAGACCAAGUUGCCCGCCUGUAAGAAGAGUUACUGCUACAAAGGAUGAGGAGGAAAAUGCAAUGGAAUACGGAUUGCCAUCUUCUCACACUCUUAACACGGUUUGCUUAUCUGGAUACCUGUUGCACUAUGUUCUAUCUUAUUCUCAACUCGAAGAUGGUCCUUUAAAACUGGUUGGAGUAUUCCUUGUAUGCUUGAUUGUGGGCCUCAUUGGUUUUGGAAGAAUUUACCUGGGCAUGCACAGUUUGAUUGAUAUCAUAGGAGGACUUGCUCUGGCGUUGGUGAUUCUUGCAUUUUGGUUUGCAGUUCAUGAAUAUAUUGACAAUUUUAUUGUCUCAGGACAAAAUGUUACAACCUUCUGGGGCGCCUUAAGUGUUGUACUUCUUUUUGCAUAUCCAACCCCAGAGUUCCCAACUCCAAGUUUUGAGUUCCACACAGCUUUCAAUGGUGUUGCAUUGGGAAUUGUAACUGGCGUCCAGCAAACAUUCCACCAGUUUCACCACGAAGCUGUCCCACGCAUAUUCACUCCGCAACUUUCAAUCCCUGCUUUUCUGGGAAGAAUGCUCGUGGGAAUACCAACAAUACUUGUUGUGAAGUUUUGUAGCAAGGCUCUAGCGAAAUGGAUUCUUCCCAUUGUGUCAAACACCCUUGGCAUUCCAAUUAGAUCAACCACCUACAUCCCAGCACUAACUAAAGCCAGCAAUGGGACAAAACUAAAAAAUCCAGACGAGUUCAAGCAAUCAGGCAGCCUCCAGAAGUUGUUUUUCUUCUCCAAUCAGGGUACAUUUGAUGUUGAUACAGGUAUAAGAUUCCUCCAGUAUGCUGGGCUUGCAUGGUCUGUGGUGGAUCUUGUUCCCUCCCUCUUCUCUCACCUGAGCUUGUAAUGCUUGGUCAUUCUUGUACAACAUUAACUAUUAUGCGCUUUUAGCAAGUUCCUGUUGGAAUAUGAUGUCCCUUCAAUUUUGUAAAUCGUAUAUAGUAUUUAUUGUUUAGCAAAACACAGCAAUUUUUUUUUGCCUA